GGAGUGCUUUGAGAAAAAGGAACAAAAGGAACAUUAAAGCAAGAUGCAGAGCUGUCUUCUGAUGUUACAAAGCUGCUGGAGCUACUCAAGUGGCACAAAGUCCAUUUUGUGACUGAAAGUUGUAAACAGGAAUAUUUUUGCGGCUGGCCUUUAUUGUAUAUGUAUUUGUAGAAGUUUCACUUGCUGGAGGAGAAUAUUUAAACAAGUGACAUAAAUCUGAUUCACAGAAUCUGCAGCACACAAUUUACGGAAAAUUCCACAACAUCUAACACUUGGGCGUGUUGUGGUUUCAAUUGUUUUUACAAGUAGGGUUUAUUUUUAGCAAGGGGAGAUGUUUUCCAAACAAGUGCGUAAUCGGCACUUUGCAUGGAUGAUGCAAAGCUAUGAGCGCAAUGUCAAAGUUCUCUGUCCUUGAACUCUUCACUCAGUCCUCACGCUGAGUAUUCAAUAAUGAUAACAAUGCAUUUUAUUAAUGGAGAGCUUUAGAAAUACUUAAGGACACUUUACAAGCAAUUAAAUAAGAAAAUCACAGUAUGGAUAAAAUAAAACAGUUGGAAGACAUCAUAGAAUCAAACUCAAAGCAUAAUAAAAUUAAAAUGAAACAGAACAGCUAAGCUUCAAAAGAUGUGUUUUAAGGCUGGCUUUAGAGAUGGGAAACGACUCAAUAUUGUAAAUGUGAUGUGGGAGAGAGUUCCAAGGACAAUGCGCCACUCGGCGGAAAGGUCUAAAACCCAGGGUGGUCAGGCGAGGAGGAACUCCAAGUGUGAAUGAGUGGCAAUGUGCAGAAGGUCAGAGAGAGAUGGAGGUCCGAGGUUAUGGAGAAACUUGAAAGUAAGAAGCAGAAUCUUAAAAUUAUAUUUACAGGAAGCCAGUCAAGCUGUUGAAGGACAGAAGUAAUAUGUUCUGUGGAAAUGGUUUUGGUAAUAACAUGAGCAGCUGCAUUUUGGACCAGCUGAGCCCCACUCAUUUCUCCACUAGUGUCUUCUUAAAACGGAGCAGAAAUUAACUCAGCUGAGCUGUCUUUUUCUCAGCCGUGUGCACACAGCGAGCGACUUCUCUCUCCUGAACCUCUAACGGAUGAAAGUGAAAUGUCUGCAAAAGUGCAGCUGUUAAUGAAUCUGCGUUAGUGUGUUAGAUUAAUGAUAAGGAUAUUUCCUCUUUUUUAAAAAAAAAAAGAGGAAUCAAAUGUCAGAACUCUAACUUGGAGCCACACAAGUGGAAAAACAUACAGCUUGUAGGGAGACAUGACAAAGAGCAAAGCAGGACUCAGACAUUAUAUACACACCAGGUAAUUAAGGAGAUGAGAAACACCAGGGAACACAGCUGAAUGGAAUCUGACUAAUGAGACAAAACUAAACACACCACACAUGAGACAAGGGACUAUCAAAAAUAAAAGAGGAAAUAACAAACACAGGUCAGGAUUAAGACAUGACACAGAGAUAAAACGUGGAGACACGACUAACUGGGGAGACAGAAUUGGAUCACAAAAGAUGAUAACUAAAGAUUAUGUGACUGAAUGAGGAACACAGACUGGAAACAAAGGGGAACUAAGAAGCAAUGAAAGGACUGCAUGCAAAGGAGCUGCGUGGUGAAGUGUGGCAGUACUCCAGUAGCCUGAUGUGCUUUCUGAACGGCCGUCUCCUCGGUGAUGAAAAGGAUCUCACCAGCUGGGCCAAGAAUCAGUGGGGUUUCACUUUCGCCCGGCCGCAAGCUUUCUACACGACUCUUGCUGAGGAGUACUAUACCAAACACCUCCAGAAAACUGGGCAUCAGUUUGUCUUCAUGGAUGUUGAGAUUGCGGGAGAAGCUGCAGGGAGGUUAAUGUUUGAGCUCUUCUCAGAUAUUUGUCCAAAGACAUCCAAGAACUUUGAGGGUCUGUGCACAGGAGAGCAAGGACUGUCACAGAGUGGCUUCCCGCUCUGCUAUAAAGGCUCUCUGUUUCAUCGGAUUGUGCCCAAUGGAUGGGUGCAGGGUGGAGAUAUUUCUCCAGAGAGGAAAGGAAAUGGAGGUGAGUCAAUCUACGGGCUAAUGUUUGAAGAUGAGAAUUUUGCCAUUUCACACUCUAAGCGCGGCAUCCUGGGAAUGGCUAAUAAAGGUCCCCACAGCAAUGGAUCCCAGUUCUACAUCACCCUACAGCCAACGCCAUGGAUGGACAAGACCUAUGUUGCCUUUGGUCAAGUCGUUGAGGGUCUCGAUGUCCUGAGGAGGUUAGAAGAAGCUCCAACUUGCAAUGAAAGGCCCAAGUAUGAGUGUAGAAUUACAGCCUGUGGAGUGCUUAAACCAGAGCUCAUAAGCAUUAAUCAUUGAUACAUUUUAAGCAUUUUUUUCCUCAGUUUUUGAAUCAGUAAAAUAAACAUGGUAUGCAUGUUUUCUUUUCCUUUUUUGUUAAAUAAAAGCUUCACAUUUGCAUUUUGAUUUUAUUUAAACUGCAUUUUUUAAGUCUAUAAGCAGUUUCAUUCUUUUUGCUGAAUUAGGCACCAUCUGCUCUGUGCAUGUUUGACAGAUGUAAACUUGUUAUAGGGCUUUUAUUGUAAUAUUUAUUCAUCUUUUUAAUUCAUCUUCUAUACAAAUAAAACCUGUGAAAUUUGCUUUUUUAUUGAUAUGUACAGAAACUUUUACUGUGAGAGGGAUCUUCAGUGAAAACCCAAAUAUGUCUACUGGACAGAAAGAGCAGCAGUAAUAAGCUGACAGUUUCAACAGUUAUUGGGGUUGUAAAAGGCAAUUCACAGGUUAUUGCAUAAUGGCAUAAAAACAAAUGAGCUUUUACUUAUGCUUAAAGGAAGUUGGGAAAAUGGCAUACAAAUAAAGUAUGAGAAGUACAGUUUAUCUAUUCUUCACAAGAGCCAUCCUCUGCAUCACUUUCUACAAGGACUGACAGAGGAUGGCUUUUCUUCCUCAUACCACGACCACUGCGUUUUUACCUUUGGAGAUCCUUUUUGUAUUAUAUUGAGCUUUUAACAUGGCAACAUUUUUUAAGAUUCUAUUUAUUGACCUCCUUUAUUUUAUUUCAUUACUUUCUGAUUAAUUUUAAUGAGAUGCUUUUGUAAAACAAGAAUUUCCUAACUUUUGGCAUAAAUUGAAGUGAUCCUGGGUCAUUGACCCACCA